GAAAAACUCAAAGCGCCAUCUAUCACCGAAUCGAAACGCGCUAAUUUCAAAAUAAACUUUGCAAGCAAAUCGCAGCCGCAAGUUUUGGACUUGCACUUUCUUAACUGACAGAUGGCCAAGUCACUAAGAAGGGAAGAUGGACUACAGUAUAAAGAGAAUAGAGAGGAAUCUGAGGUUUUUAAAAAUCUUGCUGGACUGAACAGAUCGAUACUCAAAGGUUUGGUUAAACUUAGAGGAGAGCCACCAAUAUCAAGAACCAGAGAACUAUCAUUGAUGCUUGAAGAAGUCAUGUGGCAUGCUCAAGAAACAAGGAUUAUACUCAAAGAGAUGCAAGCUAGAGCUCAGAUGGCACCAGCGAGCUUUCAAGACAGAGCCUCACAGACUCCAAGGAGAUGGAAAAAAGACAUGGAACUGAGCAAAAAACAACUUGGAAAGAUGCAGCAGUUUGCAGAUGAUGUUUGUUCGGCAGUGGAAGAGGGAUCCAAACAAGGGUUGCCUGUGAUUGGAGAAUCGCGUCAUAAACAUAAAACCUGGUGUGAACAGUCCUAUAGGCAUGUGGUACCUACCAUUCAGCAUUGGACAGAGAUCAUCAUGAAAGACAAACACACAGAUGCUCGGAGUGAGAGGCAAAAGAAGAAAGACCUGUUUGAAGCUGAGAAAAUUGUGUCACAUUUUCAGCGGCUGUUUGAUGUACCCACAAGAGAAGGAAGCUAUGCACGAAUGACAGAGGUCUAUCACAGACUAGAGGAACUGAACAACAUUCUUCAUACCCUCAAGAGUCUCCUAGGACUACCUGACGGCGUACCUGCUAAUAGAGUGGUAGUGGCAUUGGGUCAUCUCUGUGACCUACAUUCAGAUACCUCUACAAAACUACUUAGCCACUUACUGCAGACAGACAACCUUGAAAGGCUGAUCCUUUGCCUUGAUCAAUAUCACAAAUUCUUCCCUGUAUUUGAGGGCAUUGCUAAAGAUCUUAUGGAAAUAUUGGGUGUGGAUUCAUUAGGGAAAGUGGUGCCUGCCGUCAGAGCGCUGAAACUCUUACAUCCGUAUUGAUUGAACCAUGGCAUAUCCUUAGAGUCAAACUACAUAUUAUUUAUUGGAAAAUUCAUGUUAGGGAGAGUGGUCCAAUUCUCAAGACUGCUGAACAUUGCAAUUUUGCCUACUCUUUUCCAACAGCAGGUAUUUUUUUUUAUAUGACACGAUAUUGUCAUUCUUGUAUGAUUCAACAAAUUGUUCACUUACAGCUUGUCUCUUUUUCAGUAAUUUUUUGUAUGUUUUUAAUAUUUUGGAGUACCUGUAAGUGAUAAUUUGCGACCUUCAUCACUAUAACUUCCCGUUUUCGUACUCCCAAUUGCGUCAUUGGCAAUAUCAUAUGCAGGAAAAAUGGUGAGUCAUGACUUAUCCUUAUUUUUAAUAAUAUAUUUGCAAUAUCAUCACGGUCCUGAGUGUGGUAUAAGUUUCAGGAUUACAGGUUAUCUUAUAAGAAUUUCACUAAAUUUAAUUGAAAUUUAUUUAAAUUGAAAAUGCCCUCAGAAAUUAAAUACAUACUUUCACAUUAGCCCAUUUUCCGAAUUAGUAUGGGUGCAUGUAAGGGCCAUCCUCUCAUAGGAACUUUUUUUUUUACUUUAUGAGAAUGGUCAUGAAUCCUGCCUCAUCCUGUCCAAAUACCAAGGUUUUUACUUUAUUAUGAUCAGCAAAUAUUAUUACACAGACACAGUGGGUGAUUUCAAGUACGGUGUUGAAAUCUGGUGUUGGUGUUGUGACAACACCAACACCAGCCACAACACCGUACUUGAAAUCAGGCUGGUGUUGGGAUUGACCUCGGAAAAUAUGACGUAUUUCCGGCAGUUCGUGUUGAAUGCUGGUGUUGAAUGUCGUCUGCUGAACCCAGCACUGCGGCUGGUGUUGACGAUCUACGUGCAAUUUCCCCAUUUACCAACACCAACCCCCAGGGAUUGGGAAAAUCAUGAUUUCAAGUUCGGUGUUGGUGUUGGUGUUGGCAAUCUCAAGCUCGUGAACGGGCGGCUUUUACAGUUAAGAUGAGUACAAAUCAUUUGAGCUGUAUAUAUUUUGAUGAAGAAUAAUGUUCACUCUUUCGAAUUCUUGAAUUAAUUAAAACAUUGGUAUUCUGUACGAUGAGAAUUUAAUGCAUUUCUCUCCGAUUUCAUUUUCGUCGUCAAGACUUCUCGCGUGAAGUUGAGAUGAUUUAGCAGUGCAGCGCAGAGGCGUGACGUCAUGUGUUAUCGAUAUAGCAAUCGGUAUCAUUCCUCUGAACCCAGCUCGGUGUUGGAGCUCGGUUCAGGGGCCUUUUUACGCUCUCAACACCAACACCAACCCCGAACACCGAACUUGAAAUCACCCAGUAAUCAAUUAGUACAUGAUGUCCAAGGCUUUUCUUCAGAACUUUACAGAAUUACAAAAAAAUUUGGUACUCUUCAUUCUGAACUUAUCUUCAAGAAGGCAGUGCACAGUCUGCAUACCUGUUGAUGAUUGAUUAUGAUAAGGCUGAAUUGCAUUAUUGACACUCAUUUGGGAGUGGGGAAGGGACUUUAUAUAAUAAUGGGCGACCUUGCAACUAUAGAGUACGGCAUGUCAGGUUUGUUUCAUUUGAGUAAGAUAUAUGGAUAUAUAUCUCAAUCAUGUUUAUCAUCUAAGUUCAAUAGGAAGAUUUGUUACGACACGGUGCAACAAUUGCAGCAACAGUUGUGGUACCGAGUCAUUGGAAUAUUGUCACAGAUUUUAGGAGACCAUUUUUGUUGCCUGGCUAUAAAAAAGGGCAGGAUCUAAUUUUUAAAAACCCUUAAUCAAACCUAAAACUCAUCUAAAAAUUACAUGCAUGUUAAUUCCAUGGACAAACUUGAGACAUGGCUAAUGACAUUAUUUUAAUGAAAUCAUGAUAUCAUAUAAAAAUCAUGUCAAGACUUUGUCCACACAACUGAACAUUUCUCUGUUGAGAUUAUAAUUAAUGUUGGUUUGCCUAUACAACGGAACAUAUUUGUAGGGUUCUAAGUGAUUGUGAUAAUUAAUGUUACUUCACUAUGUCUGAAUACAUAACAAAAUAUUGCAAAGUUUUUCCACCAUAGCUCAACAAGGCUUUUUUAAAUACUUUUCUUGCUCUGUGUGCUUGACUGCUUGUGUAUAUUAAUAAGAUUGUAAAGCAACAAGAGAAAUAAAUGUAUGUGAUAAUGUA